ACCCUUGUUUCCUGGGCCGGGGGGGGGGGGGCAGUAACGCACAGGACCGCAGGUCUGGCUGCACCGGGAGCAGGCGGAUGUUCCCAACAUCUGGGAGCUGUGCAGCUAAAGCAUGUACCGAGCGUGAAACCGACAGGAACUCCGGUACCUCGCACCUACCCUUGAGGUCCGCUGGGAAAGAGCAACUAGAAACCGUAAACAGCCGGGCAAAAAAAAACCCCUGAACUUUUGGUUUGGGCCUGGACUGGACGUGAUGCCGAUCUCCGUCUACCUGAUCCUGGUCUUCGGCUCCCUCUGGGGGCCCGGCUUGGCUAGGAGAUCGGCCGACCUGUACUGUGGAGCCUGCAGGGCGCUGGUGGACGAGAUGGAGUGGGAGAUCUCCAGGGUGAAUCCGGAGAGGAUGGUAGAAACCGGAACAUUCCGCCUGGACCCCGAGGGCAGCCCCGUGAUCACACAGGUCCCAUACAGGUAUUCCGAGGAGUUCCUGUUGGAGGUUCUAGCUAGGGUGUGCGAACGGAUGCUCGAGUAUGGUGAGCGGACGGACCCUGGCACCCUGCGGCAGACCUACUACCGGGUGGUGACCCGAGAGGGACACAGGGUCCCGGCCCCCGACACUCUCACCACUCAGCAAGUCACCUCCAGUUUAAAGCAGGCGUGUGAGAAACUUGUUGAAGAAUAUGAGGACGAGUUCAUUGAGUUCUUCUCCCGUGAGUCUGACAACGUGAAGGACCGACUGUGCAGUAAACGGACAGAUCUUUGUGACCACGCACUCCACAUCCACCAUGACGAGCUCUGAAAACAGAUUCUCUCCAUCACCUUCCCACAGGGAGUGGGUGAGGGUGUUCCAGCCUGGGGAACAGCAGCCUGCCACAAGGCUGGUACUGCAGAGGAAGACCAGCCAGUUGUGGAGCGUCGGAGACAGUGAAAUGCUGGUCUGCCCACUCAGUGGCCCCCACACUUGGCCGGCAUGAGCCCUCCUUCGCUGAGGACCAGCCUAGGCAGCAUCUAACUCUAGGAACGGUUUACUAAAAUAAAGGACACUCAGGAACAAUAAAUAGCUGGCUCUCUUUUUCCAUCACUGCCUGGCCGAGCUUUCUGUUUGCUUCCCAACACCCCCACUGGCCCUGUGGUUUAACACUCACCACACUACCCUACAAAUUCCAUCUAGAUAAAUAAGCCUUCAAUCCCUCACCCAUUUAAAGCUUCUUCCUGGGAUCAAACACAGAGUAAAUCUCCCUUCACACUGUCCCAUCACACACUCCCAGGGUCAGACACAGAGUGAAUCUCCCUCCACACUGUCCCAUCACACACUCCCAGGGUCAGACACAGAGUGAAUCUCCCUCCGCACUGUCCCAGCACUCACUCCCGGGGUCAGUGACAGACGGAAUCUACGUGCAACCAUCCCAACACACACUCCCGGCGUCAGACACAGAGUGAAUCUCCCUCCACACUGUCCCAUCACACACUCGCAUGGUCAGACACAGAGUGAAUCUCCCUCCACACUGUCACAUCACACUCUCCCAGGGUCAGACACAGAGUAAAUCUCCCUCCACACCGUCCCAUCACACACUCCCAGGGUCAGACACAAAGUGAAUCUCCCUCCACACUGUCCCAUCACACACUCCCAGGGACAGACACAGAGUGAAUCUCCCUCCACACUGUCCCAUCACACACUCCCAGGGUCAGACACAGAGUGAAUCUCCCUCCACACCGUCCGAUCACACUCUCCCAGGGUCAGACACAAAGUGAAUCUCCCUCCACACUGUCCCAUCACACACUCCCAGGGUCAGACACAGAGUGAAUCUCCCUCCACAUCGUCCCAUCACACACUCCCAGGGUCAGACAGAGUGAAUCUCCCUCCAGACCGUCUCAUCACUCACUCCCGGGGUCAGAAACAGAGUGAAUCUCCUUCCACACUGUCCCAUCACAGACUCCCGGGGCCAGUCACAGAGUGAAUCUCCCUCCACACUGUCCCAUCACACACUCCCAGGGUCAGACACAGAGAGAAGCUCACUCCGCACCGUCCCAUCACUCACUCCCGGGGUCAGUGACAGACGGAAUCUACGUGCAACCAUCCCAACACACACUCCCGGCGUCAGACACAGAGUGAAUCUCCCUCCACACACUCCCAGGGUCAGACACAAAGUGAAUGUCCCUCCACACUGUCCCAUCACACACUCCCAGGGACAGACACAGAGUGAAUCUCCCUCCACACUGUCCCAUCACACACUCCCAGGGUCAGACACAGAGUGAAUCUCCCUCCACACCGUCCGAUCACACUCUCCCAGGGUCAGACACAGAGUGAAUCUCCCUCCACACCGUCCCAUCACACUCUCCCAGGGUCAGACAGAGAGUAAAUCUCCCUCCACACUGUCCCAUCACACACUACCGGGGUCAGACACAAAGUGAAUCUCCCUCCACACUGUCCCAUCUCACACUCCCAGGGACAGACAGAGUGAAUCUCCCUCCACACUGUCCCAUCACACACUCCCAGGGUCAGACACAGGGUGAAUCUCCCUCCACAUCAUCCCAUCACUCACUCCCAGGGACAGACACAGAGUAAAUCUCCCUCCACACUGUCCCAUCACACACUCCCAGGGACAGACACAGAGUGAAUUUCCCUCGACCCUGUCCCAUCACACACUCCCAGGGUCAGACACCAAGUGAAUCUCCCUCCACACUGUCCCAUCACACACUCCCAGGGUCAGACACAGAGUGAAUCUCCCUCCACAUCGUCCGAUCACAC